AUGGUCGGUUCCGGUCAAUUCGUUUGCACAUGUUUGGUCCGGUGCGAUCAUGUGGCCACACGUGCUUCGACCGGAGAUCUGAGGCUCUCAAUUCCGGAAUCCAAAGGCUACCUGAGCCUCUCAAACUUGUCGCCGAUCCUGCAGUCUUACUCUUCUUUGGACAAGCCGAUCGACUUCGUCAAGCUCUUCUUCGCAUCUUACCCGGCUGCGACCGAGCAGCUCCUGGCGUCGGAGGACAAGACGUUCUUCCUCGCCAUCUCGCAGCGCCCAGGCCAGAAGCCGGUACCGUUCAUCCCUGUUCUCGAUGCGAACUUUGAGGUGUGGUUCAAGAAGGACUCUUUGUGGGCAGCCGAGGACAUCGAGGCCGUCUUCGACCAGGACCCGCAGCGCGUGUGCAUCCUCCAGGGCCCUGUCGCGGCGAAGCAUGCGACGAAGAAGGACGAGUCGAUCAAGGAGAUGCUCGACAACGUCGCAGCUAUCCUUGUCGACAAUGUCAGGGCUUCUCCUCUUCCGGAGAACAUCGCUAGCUCGCUUGGCGUCGAGCGCUCUGCCGAGGCAGGCAAGAUCACCUACUCCGUUGGGAGCACCUUGCCCGAGGCGUCGACCUGGCUUGGGAUGCUCGCAGGUCCACGUCAAAGUUGGCCCAGGGCUCUCCUUACGCCGGCGACCAUCGUGCAGGGAACAUCACACAUCGACAACGCGAUGUGCCGCCUCUUCGCUCCUCGUCGGAGCCAGAAGGUCGUCUUGACCUUGGGCGGCGAGAUACCUGUGUCCGCCGCGCUCUACGGUGCUGCUCGUUCGUACGGCCAGCACAAGUAUCAUUCGGCGUCUCAGGCGAUCGACAUCGCGUUGUUCGAGGACCGCCGCGACGUCUCCGUUGCCGAGGGUCCUAACACGCGCAUCAAGGACUUCUACUGGCGGCUGUGGUUCGGCGACAACGAGGUGCUCCCCGAGAUCAAUCUUCGCGACGCGCUUACGGGUGCUGAGGUUGCGAUUGAGGCGGAUGACGUCGAGACGUUCUGCGCUGUGGUGAGUAAUGAAGGCGAGGCGUUCAGGGCAGCGCGGACGGACCGGGUCCAAGACCCGAGGGACCUCGCGAUCAUUACUGGCUGGCAGACGGUCUCUGCAUCUGGCGGCAUUUUCGUCCUCGACCAGCUCAAGCGCCUCGUCAAGGUUGGAUCAAUCGACUUCCUGCAGGACGAUAGUCGUGGCCUGCAGGACGAUAGUCGUUGCCUGCAGGACGAUAGUCGUGGCCUGCAGGACGAUAGGCUCGCCCAAGGCUGCACGAUGAGCAAGUCGGGUACUACGGCCUUCGCUUCCUCCGCAACGAACGAGCCUUACUCCAAGAUCUCCGGCGAUUUCAACCCUAUCCGCAUCAACCCCUACUUCGCAGACUUCGCCGCACUUCCGGGAACGAUCACGCAUGGCAUGCGGUCGAGCGCCGCUACAAGGGUGGAACACAUCAACGAGGACUCAAGACCGUUGGCGUGUGGAGCUACUGGCGUGGCACGGGCACGCACUCAGGAGCUUGAGGAUGUAUUCCUUCAUACGGCUGGUGUCUGA